AUGGAUCAGGAUCAGUGUCUGGAUGACAUCUUCACAGAGCUGUUCAUCACACCUGGAGGGGAGGUGCCCAUCAACGACCAGCACGAGGUCAUGCAGAUUGGAGUAAAAGGGAAGUUAGCAGGCACAGAAACACCAAUUGAACCAAGUAACAUCUUCAAAAGCCCUACUGGAAACCUCAAACCCAUAAGAACAGUCCUUACGACUGGAGUAGCAGGAAUUGGCAAAACAUUCCUGGUGCAAAAGUUUGUGUUGGACUGGGCCAAGGGAAGAACAAACCAAGAUGUUCACCUUAUAUUUCACUUCACUUUCCGCGAACUGAAUUUACUGAAGGGAGAAAAGGUUCGCUUGGCUGAGCUAAUCCACAAAUGCAUCUGGGAAACCAAAGACAUCAACAAGACUGACCUUACUGAGAUAUUCACGAAAUUACAGGGAUCGGGAAACCGUGAUUUUAACAAGAGUGAAUUCAAGCUUCUCUUUGUGUUUGAUGGACUGGACGAAAGCCGCCUUCAGCUGGAAUUUACUGCCAGUGAACAGAUGCCGGCUGAAUUUAAUGUGGCAAAGUCAACCUCAGUGGAUGCGCUUCUGUCAGCGCUCAUCGAGGGGAGACUGCUUCCCUCGGCUCGCGUCUGGGUAACCACACGGCCUGCAGCAGCCAAUCAGAUCCCUCAACGCUUCGUCCAAUGCAAGACAGCGGUCGGAGGAUUCACUGAUCCACAGAAGGAGGAGUAUUUCAAGAAGAAGUUUCCAGAUGAAAAGCAAUCGACCAAAAUCAUCUCCCACAUCAAGGCAUCACGGAGCCUGUUCAUCAUGUGCCAUAUCCCCGUCUUCUGCUGGAUCACUGCUACAGUUUUGAAGGACGUUUUGAAGAAGAGAGGACAGGCAGAGCUGCCCAAAACCCUGACCGAGAUGUACACAGAAUUCGUGGUGUUUCAGAUCACCCUGACAGCCAAGAAAUAUGGCACAAAAAAGAGCAUUCAUUACAUCCAGUCAUUGGCAAAGCUAGCUUUUCACCAGCUGGAGAAAGGCCACCUGCUCUUCUACCAGAGAGACCUGAAAGGCAGUGGCAUCGAUAUCCGUAGAGCUGCGGAGUACUCUGGAGUUUUCACCCAGGUCUUUAAAGAGGAGCAUAGGUGGAAGAAAGACGACAAGGGCAAGAUGUUCAGCUUUGUCCACCUAAGCCUUCAGGAGUAUCUGGCUGCUCUUCAUGUGGUCAUGUCACUCAUUAACAACAACAUGAAUGUACUCUCUAAGCUAACACUGGAAAAACUUUGCAUGCCUUGCAAGAAAAAAUGCAUAACAGAAGUCCACAAGAUUGCCAUUGACAAAGCCUUAAAGAGUUCAAACGGGCACCUGGACUUGUUCCUGCGCUUCCUCCUGGGCCUCUCCCUGCAGACCAAUCAGGAUCUCCUUAAGGACCUGUUGACGAUCCCAAAAGACUUUUCCGAGGAUAACCAUCAAACAAUCAAGUCCAUCAAGGAAAGGAUUAGGGAGAAUGAAUCGUCAGAGAGGAGCACCAAUCUGUUUUACUGUCUGAAUGAGCUGAGAGACGAUUCUCUAGAGGACGAGAUCCAACAGUACCUGAGUUCAGGAAGGCUUUCAACAAGAAAUCUGUCCCCUGCUCUCUGGGCAGCUCUGGUCUUCAUCCUACUGUCAUCGGAAGAAGCCCUGGAGGUGUUUGACCUGAAGAAAUACUCUGCUUCUGAGGAGGGUCUCCUGAGGCUGCUGCCAGUGGUCAAGGCCUCCACCAAAUCACUGUAUGUGCACUAG